UGUUGGCUGUUAAUGGGUUUGAAUUUGGAAUAUGGCAUUCUGAACUAUAAUACAUAUAUAUACUAUUACAUCAAACAAUUAAAUGAAAAUAAGACUGUAAAUAGUUUACAAUAUAAAAUGUCGCAAGCUCAUAUUUCUAUGGCUUUCUGUGACCAAGAGGUCCAAGCCCUGACCAACACCGCUAUCAAAUCAUAACAUGCAGUGUUUCAUAAAUUAUUACACAAAAGAAGAACAAAAAGGAUAAGAUUUGUCGACAUCAUGAAUUAGUGUGCCAAAUAAAAUAAUUAGCCACAUGCAAGCUAACCAUCUAGAUCCAUGGUUACUCCUGUUGUUGUACAUCUAUAAAUAUGUUGUUGCUCAUCUCUUACGUAUUCGAGUCAUAGACACGAAAGCUAUAUAAGUGAAAAGUGUAAUGGCGCCGGAGAAUCUUCCAUGGGAUUUGGAGGAGAAGAUACUCUCUGGGCUUCCACCUCUAUAUCUUGUUCGGUUCAGAACCGUAUCUCAACACUGGAACGCUCUUCUAAACGACACGAGGUUCAUCAACAACCACUUGGCUCGUGUCCGUCCCCAAAUCAUUUUCCUGACCGAAUCUAAGGUUUACUCCAUUGACAUUGAUCUCGGCGGAGGUGGCGCUGAUCCAACGAUAGAGGUGCGUGAGAUACCAUCAGAUUUUCCUUAUCAAGCUACGGACUUGACGCAUACAACCAUCACAACUUGCGAUGGGUUCUUGUUUCGUGACUUUUGGAAGCAAGGUGUUGCGAUUUGGAACCCGUGGCUAAAACAAGUUGGUUGGAUCGAGUACGUUGAUAAAGACUUCCAUUUAUGCGGUGUAGGGUACGAUAGGACAAGAGCCGACAAGAGUUACAAGAUCUUGGGGUACUUUAACUGUCUCCGUACGGUUAGCAACACUUACCAAGUAGGUUAUAAAAAAGUUGCGGUCUACGAGUGUGCAUCUCACGCGUUAAAGUUUCUUGAUGUCCCUUUCAAGCAGUGGCCCAAUAUGGCACCUUUGUCUUUGAACGGGAAUCUUUAUUGGGUCACUAGAAACCCGGAGGACACUCAUCGUCAUGAGUAUGUCAUCCGAAGCUUUGAUUUCUCGAGUGAGAUGUUCAAAACCUUUUGUCUCCUCCCUUGCCGGAAGAACCAUUCUCGCGAUGAAUUGCUCCUAGCGGUUUAUAAGAGAGAUGGUUUCUCUUUGUUAAAGCAAUGCUAUGUAACGGGUGAGAUUGAGAUUUGGGUAACAAAGAACAAGAUCGAUGAAGAGGAAGUGGAGUGGAUAAACUUGAUGACUUUUCCAACAAGUAACUUACCCAAGUUAAUCAAUAAGCUUUGUGGGGUUAGUUACUUCAUCUAUGACAAGACUCUAAUCAUGUGUUGUGGGGACGAAGAAACUGGAGCAGCUGGCAUCUAUAUUAUGAGGGAAGAUAUAUGCAAGAAGAUUCAAAUAGAUCUUGGGGUUGUUAGGUUUUCUCACUGUGUUUAUCUUCCAAAUUUUGGCUCGGUUCCUUCAGAAUUCAGACCGCUGCGAGUUUAAUUUUUGGCUUUUCUUGUUUUAUUACAAAUCUUAAUUUCAUGCCAUUUUCCCUUUUUAGAAGGUGCUUCUGUUUUCAGUUUCUUGUAUGUUGUCUCUAUGUGGUAUGAUUAUUUGAAAGGAAAAGUCCACUCUCGUGCUAGUUGAGUAUUUGUGGCAAAAUGAAGCAACUCAAAAUUUGAAAUAUACCAUUAUAAAGUCUUG